GGCGCGGAGCAUCUUGGCUGCGGUGUUUUUGUCUCUGUCAGUGCGCGCUCCUGGGCCGAAGCGGCUGAAAGGAUUUCCAAACGGCAGGUGCUGACUGUAAGAGUGCAAGAAAAGGAAGGGAGAGCAAGGAUCCUGGGGAGGAGAGAUCCCAUCCUUGCAGCGCAAACAGCUGGUGAGAGGUGGUGUUUGAGGAGGAGCAACAGGCUCGUUAUGGCUCAGGUGCUGCACAUGGACCCCGGCUUCCCAGGGAAACUCAACCCGCCUGCUCCCCCUUCCCUGCACGGCAAAGAACAGGAGGCGCCCUACUCAGUGGAGACCCCCUAUGGCUACCGUCUGGACCUAGACUUCCUCAAAUAUGUUAACGACAUAGAGAAGGGAAACACUAUCAAGAAGGUACCCAUCCAGCGCCGGCCUCGCUAUGGCUCCCUGCCCCGUGGCUAUGGCUACACCGGCUCCUGGUGGACCUCCACGGAGUCUCUGUGCUCCAACACCAGCAUGGACAGCCGACACUCCUCCUUCUCCUACUGUGCCCCAGGCUAUCACACGUCGCAGAGGCCCAACUUCAGCACCGCCCGGGUGGAGAAGACCCUUUUGGAUGCACGCAGGAAGCUGGAGGAGGAGAAAGAAGGGCGGAGAUUCUCCAACCUGGGCAGCAUGCACAGCAGCGUAGCAGGCUCCAACACCUCUCUCAGCAGCGCGCACAGCUUCAACCGGGCCCAUGGUGGAAGUGGAUCCUUCACCCCACUGAGUUCUGGCCUGUCCACCCCAGUGACUCCAACACCAGCACACCUGCAGCACGUCAGGGAGCAGAUGGCUGCGGCCCUCAGGAAGAUACGGGAGCUGGAAGAGCAGGUGAAGACCAUCCCUGUGCUGCAGGUCAAAAUCUCCGUGCUGCAGGAGGAGAAGCGGCAGAUGAGCGUCCAGCUGAAGAGCCAGAAGUUCUUGGGUCAUACUCUGAGUUUUAGCCGAGGUCGCUCCCGAGGAGAGCUCUACAUCGACAUCCCUGAAGAAGAGGUGAGCACCGGAGCUAAGAGCAGCAACAAACCAGCAGGUCCACUGUCUCCCUCCACACCCGACGGCUCCAAGCUUCAAGAUUCAGGGUGUGAGAUAGAGGACACAGUGAUUGUGGGAGGAGCGCGGCCGGAUGCAAAGCGGGAAGUGCGCACCAUCGGAGUGGGACCAGAGGAUUUGAGGGGAAGUCAUCAGGUGGGAGUCGGAGUUCGGGAGGAGGAUCUGGGGCUGCUGCCAGAGACCCAGGCUCUCAGGAAUCAAGUGGGUCAGCUUGAGGGCCAGCUACAGAGGACGGUGCAGGAGCUGCAGGCUGCGCAGCACCAGGCUGCAGCAGUCCAGAAGGUCCCUCAGGCAGAGCAUCCAGUUCUGGCUACCAGCGUGGGCUGGCAGGAGCCACAAGGCUGCAGCCUGCACACCCUGGUCAGCUUCACACAGCCGCCCCAACAGAGGGAACAGAGGGAACAGAGAACUGUGGGAAUCCAGGUGUACACAGUGGAGCAGCCCACUGUGGUGGAGGUGGGCACGCUGCUCCGAGCAGAGACCUGCACCUCCCCCUCCCUUCAACCAGCUUCUGGAGUCGUGGAGGGCCACCACAGAGGACAAGCUGAAGAGGCUCCAGUUGAGUUGCCGAUUGCAGUCAGCUCCAAGCAGGUGCGCGAUGUCCUAAAGAGCGAGUUGUCCACUUCGGUACCUGUAGCUAACCCUGCCAUCGCUGUUAGCACGUCUGGUAAUCAGAUUGGUUUGUUGCAUUCAAAAGAGGAGGAGACACACGUGCAGACAACCGCAGAGGCUGCCCAGUCACACGAAGACCCUCAGACGGCCUCUUCUCCUCAGUCUUCUCUGAGGUCCAUUAUGAAGCGGAAAGCAGAAGGUGAACCAGGAUCUCCCUCUACAAAGAAGAACCUGCAGUUCAUUGGAGUCAAUGGAGGCUAUGAGUCCACGUCAUCAGAUGACAGCAGCAGCGAGAGCUCAGAUGAGGGGAGUGACUCCAGCGAAUAUCAUGAAGCCAGAGAAAAACUAACAGAGUCAGCAGCUCAGAACCAGCAAAUAACCCACAGCGAGGCUUCCAAGCCUGCAGAAAGCAACAGAGUACCUCAACAGACUGCCGUCAAACUACCAGCCGUCAUUCCAGACUCGCAGCAGAGUCCCAAUGAGUCCGCAACUGCAGACAUAAAACUGCCAGACAAACCCCCCCGGUCACCAGCGACAGACGCUGCAUCUGUCACCACUCUAACUCCUCCAUGUCCAGCAAACGAAGCUGCCUCUAAAGACACUGUCCACCAGUCAUCAGAAAAACUCACAGUCACCCAGGAGAUCACCUCCACAUCAUCAAACACUGAAUCCACUCCCGAACAAAGCUCCACGACGUCCUCAGCUUCCCGUUCUUCAUCGCUUUGUGUCACUAAAACCACUGAGAUCACCAAGCAGCAGUACUCCGUCGUCUCCAGCCAAUCGGAGCCAACGCCGGCAGCUGAAAGCCUGGCAAGAGACGCUGCCGCAGCAUCUGCCAAGCAAGUCAGACUGGACCUGAGUGACAGCCUGAUAUCAGCUCUUCAUGCCCUGCAGAAAGCCCUGGGGGAACCCAAUGCCUUUAGCCAACAAGGAGCAAGGGCAGCCUACACCACCGUGCUGCAGGAGUGGCUGCGCGUGUCCUGUCACAAAGCAGCGGACACGGCGGUUGUCAAGGCCUAUAUGAACACCUUCGCCUCAGUCUCCCCUCAGCUGCUGGAGUUUGUAAUCAACAUGGCAGAUGGCAACGGGAAUACAGCGCUUCACUACACCGUCUCCCACUCCAACUUCCCCGUGGUGAAACUGCUGCUGGACACUGGUCUGUGUAAUGCUGACAAGCAGAACAAGGCGGGCUACACGGCCAUCAUGCUGACAGCUCUGGCCGCCUUCCACUCUGACAAUGACCUUCAAACCGUCCUGCAGCUGCUGCGCACCGGGGACGUCAAUGCCAAGGCCAGCCAGGCCGGUCAGACGGCGUUGAUGCUGGCCGUCAGCCACGGUCGAGGGGACAUGGUGCGGGCGCUGCUGUCCUGCGGGGCACAGGUCAACAUCCGAGAUGACGACGGCUCCACAGCGCUCAUGUGUGCCUGUGAACACGGUCACGUGGACAUUGUGCGUCAGCUGCUGUCUAUGCCGGGCUGUGAUGCCACUCUCACCGACAAUACUGGCAGCACUGCUCUGUCCAUCGCGCUGGAGGCCAGCCAGAACGACAUUGCUGUGCUUCUGUAUGCUCACCUCAACUUUGCGAAGCCCCCGUCCCCUGUUUUACCGAAGUCUCCUCUCCUGGGUUCCUCUCCUCCUGCCGGUGACACUAGAUAAAGCUCCAGCCGAUCCACAGUAGCGACUCAUAUCACAGUGUUUGCUUUUCUCCUCAUCUGUGUAACUUAGAGCAACAAUGAGUUUGUGUGUGCGUUUGUUUUCACCCUCCAUAACUUACAUUAUAACGUGCAGAUAAUUACAUCACAGCAUCGUUAGCCAUUCCUUGUUGUACACUGUGGUCGGUGUGUGCCACUUACAAGUCAAAACUGUUUCAUUAUACAGUUUAUUAUUAUACACGUGUUGUUUUUAUUCCAUUAUGAAUCUCAUAUUAGUUGCUUUAUAGAGCGAUGUGUUUUCAUUGUUAUGUGUACAAUAGCUCUUACACAGUAACAUCAUUAUGUGUGUGUGACCAUCAUCAUUUGGAAUAACAGAAGCCACCCCUCUCGUGGAUAAGUGUCCUUGCAUCACGUAGCUUGUUGGUGCUACAAAAAUCUAUUACUGAAAACACACCACUUCAACAGCAUACCAAUAUUUAUACGCAAGAUUUAUUUACUCUAGAGUAUUUUUGAUAUUGAUUUUUAAAUUUUUUUGACUUAAUUCAGGAUUUCCAAGAAUAACAAUUUUUAUUUUCAAAGCAACAUGAUUUCAGCUUUUUAACCAGAGAACGAGAAAUAAUUUCAUUUGUAAACCACAUUCCCCAAAUUAAACCCAAAGAUGUUUCUCUGUGACUCUGUUAUACUCUGUGGUGAUGAUAUUAACACAGACCUAGCAUCAUGGAGAAGGGAGAAAGAGGUCAGAGUUAUUCUCUGAAGGUACUAUGGUCUUUGUAUUUUUAUAUGUGACGGUAUUUUGGAUGGUGUUAAGGAAAGAUUGGAGUGUAUCUGUGUUUGUAAUAUUCUGUGCGCAUAAGAUUUAACAAGACUUUGUUGAGAAAAGACUGAAAGCACUGGUGUAGCCACCUCCGCUCUGCUGGUAAGAUUUGUCAGGGAACCAGAAAGUGACUGAUUGGGGUCUUUAAAAGACGUGCGGUGUAAGAUGUGAAUAUUAAAAUAAUAUAUGUCAAUAUAAAGUGGUAGUAAUUACGCCUAAAAUUAAAUUCUUUGAACUAAAGUGCAUAGGCUAUUGAUGUCAAAAUUUCUAUUACUUUUGAAAGACUUUUUCCACAAUUUUCAUAUUCACUUUUAAGCAAUUGAAUUUUUAUAAACUUUCAAUUUUUUAAUUUAAGUAUCUAUCUUUUUUAUACAUUUAGAAUUUUUAAGCUCACACCUAUUUUAUGUAAUUGCACAGCUCUUUAGUUUAUGUUUUAUGAAGGUGUAUGUCAAGUUCUAGACUGUGUUACUCCUCUUCUAAUUUGUGCAUUUUGGAAAAACAAUGACUUAAUAAACGUGGACCACACUGUU